UCUUAGCUAGCUCAAUUCAAGCGGAAUCGGCUAUAAAAUCCAAUCAUUUGGGUGUGUCAAGUCAACACUUAUCCAGUGGCGGGGCAUUUGACUGCCCGAUUAUCUCAGCUCGCUUUUCUCCCCCAAUUCCUUUAGAAACCAUGCUCAAAUCCCACUUCGUCUUCCUCAUUUUCAUCUUCCCUCUUGCCCUUUUCAUCCCUCCGGCUAUUGGGCUUCUUUCUGUGUCUGGGUUCGACGAUUCCCUCCCGUAUCUAUGGCCCUUGCCGGCGGAUUUCACCUUCGGAGACCAGACGCUCUCCGUCGAUCCUCAACUUUCUCUCGCUGUCGCCGGCAAUGGCGGCAGCUCUGAGAUUGUUAAAGCGGCGUUUGAUCGAUACAGGGGAAUCAUAUUCAAGCACACUUCUGGGGUUUCUGUGUUUGACAAGCUCUGGGGAAGACGGAGAAGAUUUGUUUAUGAUAUUAGUGAAUUGAAAAUUGUUGUUCAUUCAGAUUCUGAGGAACUUCAACUUGGUGUAGAUGAGAGCUAUUCGUUGCUUGUAUCGAAGAGCGACGCUCAGUCGAUUGUUGGGGGCGCGACAAUUGAGGCAACUACUGUUUAUGGUGCAUUGAGAGGGUUGGAGACAUUCAGUCAACUUUGUACUUUCAACUAUGAGACUAAGGAUGUACAAAUAUAUCAAGCUCCAUGGUACAUCAAAGACAAUCCAAGAUUCACAUAUCGUGGACUUCUCAUUGAUACUUCAAGGCACUUUCUACCAGUAGAUGUAAUAAAGCAUAUCAUUGAAUCUAUGUCUUAUGCUAAACUUAAUGUCCUUCAUUGGCACUUAGUAGAUGAGGAAUCAUUUCCUCUAGAAGUACCUUCAUAUCCAAAUCUGUGGAAAGGAGCAUAUACAAAACAUGAGCGCUAUACGAUUGAGGAUGCUUAUGAAAUCGUCAACUUCGCCAAAAUGAGGGGCAUCAAUGUUAUGCCAGAGGUGGAUGUCCCAGGACAUGCCGAAUCUUGGGGCGUUGGAUAUCCUGAUCUCUGGCCUUCUCCUUCGUGUACAGAACCACUUGAUGUUACAAAAAAUUUUACUUUUGAUUUGAUUUCCGGUAUAUUGACAGAUUUGAGAAAGAUUUUCCCGUUUGAGCUCUUCCACUUGGGUGGUGAUGAAGUAAAUACAGAUUGCUGGAAUACUGUUCCACACGUGAAGCAGUGGCUUUCAGAUCGGAACUUGACGACUAAAGAUGCAUAUAAAUAUUUUGUGCUCAGAGCUCAAGAUAUCGCAAUUUCUAAAAAUUGGACCCCUGUAAAUUGGGAGGAAACUUUCGUUAACUUUGCAGAAGGUCUUAAUCCUAGGACUAUAGUGCACUAUUGGUUGCGUGGUGGGGUUUGUCCCAAAGCUGUUGCCAGUGGUUUUAGAUGCAUCUAUAGUAACCAAGAUAUUUGGUAUCUUGACCAUUUAGACGUCCCAUGGAGUCGAACAUACCGUGGCGAUCCCCUUGAAGGAAUAGCAGAUGCUUCUCAGCAAAAGCUUGUCAUUGGAGGAGAAGUUUGCAUGUGGGGCGAGACUGCUGAUGCAUCAAAUGUUCAACAAACAAUAUGGCCUCGAGCUGCUGCAGCUGCAGAGAGGUUAUGGAGUAAGAAUGAGACAGUAUCGGGAAAUAUCAACUUCUCGGUGCUACCGCGCUUGAGUUACUUCAGAUGCCUCCUGAACAGGCGUGGAGUCAAUGCUGCUCCAGUCAACAAUUUCUACGCUCGAAGUGCCCCUACCGGUCCAGGAUCAUGUUAUGACCAAUAAAAAUCAUGUUAUGAUCUGUUUUAUUCUAACUUUGUGCAUGCCAAAAUAUCUAUUUCCUGGAAUAAUAAUUGUGUCAUUUAGACCUCAAUCUUUUCCUUUCAUCCAUCCUUUGGGAAUAAUAAUUGUGCCAUUUAGACCUCAAUCUUUUCCUUUCAUCCAUCCUUUGGUUGACAUUUAUUGAUCUGUCUGAUUGGCUUGCUUGAAGACUUGAGCUUGUUCAUGUGGAGCUUCUUGUUAUGUUCAUUGUCACAGUAAUGAACCUACCUCAACAUCCUUGGGUGG